UGAUGGGGAGGGUUACAAAUGCAGCAGUCCACCCACGCUGUGCCAGUCUGUUACGCUGUCUCUGAACCUGCUGCAGCAGGAAAACGGCGCUCUUAGCCAACAAUCACUCUUGAUUAUAAACUACUGAUGGCGAGAAAAUACGGGCUGACUUGCACAGCUACACUGAUGCUGCUUUUAAUCACCCUGAAGGAGCGCAUAUAUUGCAAUGGACUUACAGUGAAUCCUCCGGAGAACCUUGUAAUAACAGACCCUGGACAUCUUGGACAUUUGGAGAUUGCAUGGAAUCCCCCACACAGCCUGACUAACAUGACAGAGUGCUCAGUACGAUAUCAGCUGGAGUAUUACAACAGCUACCGGGACAGCUGGGCUGGCGUCAGGACAGAUAAAAUGACCUUCAGUGCUCAGUUUGACCUUAUGAAAGAUGUUAGAGUGAGAGUGUACACCUUGCUGAGUGGCCCCUGCACCAACAACACUAUGAUCAAGAGCACAGAUUACACUGAACUCAUCCAGAAACCUGCCAACACAGGUGUUCUGGGUACUGAAGCCCUGGAUUUUACCUGUGUGUUCCACAACAUGGAGUACACGGAGUGCGAGUGGAGAAGAAGUGAAAAGAUGCCAGCCAACUCCCAGCAUGAGCUAUAUUUCUGGCACAAAGAACUGGGACAGGCCGUGAAAUGCCCAGAGUACAUCAAAUCAGGUGGCGUCAGGAGAGGCUGCAAAUUCAGAGAUGAAUCACUCCCUUUAUUCACUGAUAUCAACUUCUGUUUAAAUGGAACCUCUGAUGAGGGGCCACUAAAACCAACAUUUACCUCCCUGCAAAUCCAAAACCACGUAAAGUGUGCAGCCACAGAAAAACUGCAUCUACAAACAGGUCCAGACAAGUUAGAACUACACUGGGAACAUCCCGAUGGGAAGGUUCCUGGCCACUGCCUGGAAUAUGAGGUGGAACACAAUCAAGAGGGACCUGGUGGAAAACAAUCAUCGACAGAUUCUCUGGCAGAUGGACAGACAAGCCUGACUUUGUCCUCCAUCGACAGCAGUAAGAGACACUGUUUUAGGGUCCGGUCCAAGGUGCACAAGUAUUGUGCAACCACGAGCUAUUGGAGCGAAUGGAGUCAUCCAGUAUGUCAACCAGAGGAGAAAGAAGUGACACCUGACCCAGAAUGGGAUGGCGUACCUGUCUACGUCUACAUUGCUGUUGCCAUCAUUGCCACACUGGUGCUGUCUCUGUGCACGUGGGCAGUGUUCAAACUGAAAAAACCAGCACAAGAAAAGAAGGUGGAGUCUCUGCUUACAUCCCUGUUUGCCAAAAGUCCCCUUCUUGGACCCACAGAGGUCUAAAAAGGCAAGAAACCCUGCACCUGCAUCCCUCUCAAAGAGGACCUCAGUUAAAUAUUUCACAGUUGCACUCUUCAUCGGUCAUUCUUCGGAUUCUGUAGUUACAAAUUACACAAUGAAGCUCUCAAAGAUGGCAUAGCAUGCAGACAGCGAGAAUGUAACCACUGCUAACACAUUCCAGAAGAUAUUACAUUUAGACUGAAGGUUAUAGUUUGUAUGUGUUUCUUUUCACAUCCAACAUUUACAGAACCAUUAUAUUAUUCCAGUAUAUUAUAUUUUUGUAUUUAUCUUUCUAUAACAAUGUUUAACGUACAUGUAUGAUUUCAGAUGUCAGGUUAACUGGACUGUUACAGUGUACCACAAAGUAUCCCAUCAUUGAUGCCUUUGUUUUAGCUUUUUUUUUUUUAGCAACACUUGGAUACUGAUUAAGCAAGCAGAAAGUACUUUGGGGUUUUGUUUUUAAUGUUUUACUACUUAGCAGAUUUCUUGCCAGGUUUCACAUGGGUUUAUUUGAUGUUGUGGAGAAAUAACAGUUUGAGUGAAAUCUGUUUUUUGUUUACCUCAUGCCUUUAUUCUUGCCAGACAGCUUCUACAAUAAAGACUUUGUUAUUUUUGUCUAAAUGCUGUUUAAUAAAUGUUAAAUGGAUUUCAGCACUAAAACACUUCAGGUCAAGGAAGUUUUCAGAAACCUAAAGAAGAGUGAAAUAAAUGGAAGAAAUGAACAUGUUAGCUAUUAGUUAAAUGCCACGUCUUUGCCAGUUUUUUUUUUUUUUUUGGAGGUUUGAUAUGUAACCAAACAAAUCUGCAAAACAAUGGUACUAUAUUUGUUUUUGUGCAACACUUGCCAAACACAAUUUAUUGUAUUAAAUCACAGAGUUAGCCUGAUGUUUUAGUGAGCUCCGUGCAACAUAAAAAAAAUACCUUUUGGUUGCCUUUAUUUGUUCCUAAUAGCUUAAAAAUAACCAAAAAAAUACACAAAUAAUGAAUGUAUGAUUUUAAAAAUAAAUGACUCACAUAUAUCUUUUUGA